UUUUUACUUUGUAGAAGUCCUUGACUGCUUCACUUUCUCAUUCAUGGAAUGAGACUAUGGAAGAGACUUUUGAUGAUCUCAAGAGCAAGACUAUGAAGGAUCAACCUGAUCAUAAGCCAAAUGGAGAGACAGCCAAAGGUCUUCAUUUUCUUUCUUCUCGGUGCUGGUGCCCUGUGGCUGUGACUCUGGGCAUCCUUUGCCUGGGUUUACUGGUGACCAUCAUAAUUCUGAUAAUGCAAUUAUCCCAGGUGUCUGAUCUUCUAAAGCAACAGCAAGCAAACCUGACUCACCAGGAAAAUAUACGGGAGGGACAGAGUUUAGCCCAGAAGCAGGAGGAAAGAACUUCCCAGGAGUUACAAAGUGAACUCAAGGAAAUGAUAGAAACCCUUGCCCAGAAGCUGGAAGAGAAAUCCAAAGAACAAAUGGAACUCCAUUACCAGAACCUGAAUCUUCAAGAAGCUCUGAAGAAAGCAGCAAAUUUUUCAGGUCCUUGUCCGCAAGACUGGCUCUGGCAUGAAGAACACUGUUACCGUUUUUCCUCCAGCUCAUUUAAUUGGGAAAGAAGUCAAGAGAACUGCUUGUCUUUGGAUGCCCAGAUGCUGAAAAUUAAUAGCACAGAUGACCUGGAAUUCAUCAAGCAAGCCAGCGCCCAUUCCAAUUUCCCGUUCUGGACAGGGUUGUCUCAGAGGAACCCCAGCUACGCAUGGCUCUGGGAGGAUGGUUCUCCUUUGAUGUCCCAUGUGUUUAGACUCCAGGGAGCUGUUUUCCAGAAGUAUCCCUCAGGCACCUGUGCAUAUAUACAAAGGGGAGCUGUUUUUGCCGAAAACUGCAUUUUGAAUGCAUUCAGUAUAUGUCAAAAGAAGGCGACUCUACUGAGAGCACAGUGAAUUUGAUUGCUCUGGGAAAAAUAGAGGAGCCGAUCUUUGAAUUCUCUUCUGGAAUUUAAGCUAUUCUUCCUCACUUAGGUGCAAAUUGUGAGAGCCCUGAGAACUGAUAUUACCUGACUGCGAACUCCUUAGCAGAAACUGGGGUUCUAGCUGCCUGACACCGUUAUGUCAAAAGUUUUGAUUCUGUCUGUUUACAUUUUUUCACCUAGCUUGUCCCAAGCUUCCCAGCCAGCCUUUGAUCCUUUUCCCUUUUAAAUUACAACAUUUUGCUCCUCUCCAAGCAUUGGGAACCCUCUCUACCUCAGUCCCCUCACUCCCUUAAAACUGCAUAGAAGAUAGAACCUAGAGAACUUGCCCAACUGCAUGCAGAGGGCAAAAAAGGGGAAACAUGCAUGGGAAACAGAGCACAUGAAGAAAUAAAAAAGGGAAAGUUCAUACUGGAAUCAAGAAACUUGCAUUCUCAACGUUAAAAGCUACCAAUUGUUAGUCUUUGAAAUUGUUGUCUCUCUCCAGACUCCAUCCUUUACACGUGUAACACAGACACACACACACACACACACACACACACACACCAUACCCUCACAUUUUGGGGCAAUUGAGAUGUCUCAAGAAGUGAAUUAGUCUAUAAUUAAGUAUCAGUUCCUGAAUGAGUUAUUCAUCUUUUCUCUAACAAAGGACAGCUUAAUACCUUUAAUUCUUCCAAACAGUGUUAGAUUCAUGGGGUGAAUGGCUCAGAGGGAAAAAUAGUUGAUUUUUUCCCCCUAAAGUACAUACCUUUUAUAGGUGACCUCUUCUCAAUUUUGUUAUGUUAUGCUAUAAUGCAGAAACAUACAGGACCAAAAAAAUAAUUACACUCAAUUCUAGAACAAACUGAGCCAGGUAUGGAAAUAUUGCUAGAUAGAAACAGAUGGAAUUAGGAAUAUUCCUUCUAUUUUCAGUGCUUCUACCCCUUUUCUACCUUCCUUCAAAGGAAGCCUUUCUAUUUUGUUUCACAUGAUCUAGCACCAAUCUUAUUUUUUAAAAAAAAUAAAAUUGUAUCAUCUGUAGGAAGACAAGAGAUAUUUUCUUUUAUUAAUAGCUGUAUUAAAGUAUAAUUAACAUAAUAAACUGAACAUAUUUAAAGUGUACAAUCAAUAAGAUUUCACAUAUGUUCUCUUCAAAUUUUCACCACAAUCAGGAUAGCGAACAUAUCCAUCAUCUUUAAGUUUCAUCAUGCCUCUCCCCAGUACCUUCUCCCUAGACAACCACCAAUCUGCUUUCAGUUUGCAUUUUGUAGCAUUUUAUAUGAAUGAAAUCACACAGUAUGCAUUUUUUCUUUUCUUUUCAUCUAGUUUCUUUCACUUAACAUAGUUAUUUUGAGAUUCAUCCAUCUUGUUAUUUGUAUCAAUUUCUCAUUAUUUUAAAAUGUUGAGUAUUGUUAUGUUUAUACCACACUUUUUUUUAUCCAUUUACCUGUUGAUACGAUUUGGGUUCUUGAAAAGAGCCAUUAUAAAUAAAGCUGCUACGAACAUUCACGUACAACUCUUUGUAUCGUCAUAGGAUUUUUCUUCUCUUGGGUAAAUAUUUAAGAGUGUAAUGUCUAGAUCAUUCUGUAGGUGUACAUUUAGCUACUUAAGAAAAUGCCAAACUGUUUUCCAAAGUUUGACCAUUUUACAUUCCUACCAGCAGUGCAUAAAUGUUCCAAUUCUACCUCAUCUUUGUCUACACUUGGUAUGGUCAGUUUUGUAAUUUUAACCAUUCUGAUAGGCAUGUAGUGGUGUACUAUUGUCAUUUUAAUUUGCAUGAAUUAUUGUCUUUUGUUGUUUUAUAUCUAGUGUUUGUUUUUUAAUUCUUGCUUUAUAUAUUUUGUUUGAUUUUGUUUCUGUCCAAUUGGAAG